AGUGAGGAAAAACACGGACAAGCAGCUGUUCAGUCAGUGUUAUGUUACAGAGCUCACGUGUAAGACUUUACUGCGUAUAGUGCUGUAGCAGAGACUCAUUUGGAUCGCCAAUACUACAAUGGAGCCCGUCAUAAAAAUAAAUCCUGGAGCGACGAAAUGGGACAUUCGUCAGAAAGUUUGGGACUACAUCGAAGAUAAUAAUCUGGCGAAUUUCCCCAGGCCUGUUCACAACAGAAUCCCAAAUUUCAAGGGUGCUUUCACAGCCUGUACCAAGGUGUCUGAGCUGCAGGAGUUCACCCAGGCUACUGAGGUGAAGGUGGAUCCUGAUAAACCUCUGGAGGGUGCCCGGCUUGCAGUGUUACAGGCGCAGAAAACUUUACUGGUCCCAACUCCUCGUCUUCGUACUGGCCUUUUCAAUAAUAUCACUCCUCCCCAGGGAGCCAGCAAAGAACAGCUACGCAUAUGCUCUUCCUCACAGGGUGUGAGGGACUUCAGUGUGCCUGUGGACCUGGAUGCGAAGGUGAAGGUGGAACUGGUAGUGGUCGGCUCUGUGGCGGUGUCAGAGAAAGGCUUGCGGAUUGGAAAAGGAGAGGGCUUUGCUGACUUGGAGUUUGGCAUGAUGGCCUCCAUGGGAGCUGUGAAUGAGUCUACUGUGGUGGUUACUAUUGUCCAUGACUGCCAGGUGGUGGAUAUUUCAGAAGAGAUAAUAGAAAGCCAUGACCUGACAGUGGACUACAUCCUCACACCUACCAGAGUCAUUAAAACGGAUUGCCAGUUCCCCAAACCACAGGGAAUCUUCUGGACUAAGCUGGACAAUGAAAAGCUGGAGAAGAUCCCCAUCCUGAAGAAGUUGCGUGCUCUGGAGGAGCAGGCUGGAAAGGAUGUAACACUCGGGGAGGCCCCCACUGCAGCAGAGCCUGGUCAGACCGGUCCACCCAAAAGGCAGACCAGACGGAGGCCAAGGCAGAACAUACACCAGGAUGAUAUGGGAGAAUCCAAACAGGAGAACACAGAGUCAGAAAAGAAAGCCAGACAGCGCCCAGCUAGAGUGAGGAAAGAAAGCAGAGGAGAUGGUGGGGGAGGUUAUGAGAGAGGAAAGGGGAAAAGAGGAGAGAACAUGAAGGAAAAGGGCCCAGAGGAGGGGGGAAGUGAAGUCAUGUCUCAACGUAAGCUCCCUCUGAGUGUGACCACAGUUUAUCUGGGGGGAAUCCCUGCUGGCCUGCGUGUGAGUGAGCUGAAAGCUGCCCUCAGAGAGAAGGAGGCCGCCCCACUGAGGCUCACCUGGCAGGGAGCUCAACACAGGGCCUUCCUGGACUACUGUGACCCUCAGGCUGCAGAGCUGGCCCUGGAGGCUCUGCAGGAUCUAAGUCUGAAUGGUCACAGUCUGCAGGCUGAGCUGGCCAAGAGCCAGCGGGGAGGCAAGAGGUCUGGACAGUCCAAUCGGCGACCAAGACCAUCAACACCCCCGAAAUCCAAUACUCCACCAGCAGAUACUGAGAGUGACACCAAUGAAAAGACUGAGGAGUAAUAGCAAUAUGCAAUACUCAGCCCAAGAAGUAUUAAUUGUGGAGCAACGUAAAAUUGCCUUAAGAAGAAAUAAGUUAGUUUUUUGAUAUUUUGGGAUUUAUUACAAGAGGACAUCAGUUAUUUGAACCAUUGACGUCUAAAUUGACGGCCAAGACUGGCUUAAAAAAUAUGAAUAGAAUAUGCAAUUAGUUUAAUCAAAAAGCAUUUCACUAAAAAGGUAUUUUGUACAUAUACCAUUUCACAAUACGUAACAAAACACCUAUGUGCCUUGUUUAUUCUCACGGUCUGUCUCGAGAGCCUUCUGUUUUUCAAGGCCCUUUUUUGAGUAGUUCUUAAAGAUGGAGAGUUUUUUCCUUUAAAACUGUAGACUGUAUACAGUCUUUGUUAAAAUACAUUUGUAGAGUAAAUUGUUGUAAAGCGUUCUCAUACUUUCCUUCUCCGAGGGAGUCUUAUUUUUAAACCUGUUUGUCUGCUUGUUAAUCUCAAAACUAUUUACUAAGGUCGUGGCUCAAAGAUGAGCUGUUUUAAUUUUUGUUGCAGAUGGCGCAACCAUGUGGUCAUUUAAACCAUUUAUACCAUCCUGACGAUUCCUGAGCCCAGAAGCUUACCAGUAGAAGGAAAGAAUCCCAUGUCCUACAUUUUAUUAAUAUAUAUAUAUAUAUAUAUAUAUAUAUAUAUAUAUAUAUAUAUAUAUAUAUAUAUUUAUUAUAUCCACACCCAUGUUUGACUACACAGGAGUUGAUUCUUUUAAAAACACGUUUUUCAACUCUCACAAUCUAUCAUAUUUGAAUGACCAUAGCAUUAUUUUUAUUUUCCAUUGUGGAAUAGACUCAUUUGACAUUAAUUGGCAUACAUUGCUAUACUGUGCAGUUGCAACCAAACUUGGAGGAUCUGAAUAUAUUUUCACAUUUUAUACCAUUUUGAUUACAGACUACAGCAACAUAUUGUGUUUAAAUGACCAUAAUUCAGUCAUGAUUGACUCAUGAUAAUUCUGACGAGUUGAAUUAUUUUUCACAAUUCACCCUUUCAUACGGCCUAGGGUUCAGGUAUUCUUAAGAAAUCCUUAUCCUUCCAUGUAUUUAAACUAGGAUCUGGAUCUAGAUGCUGAUUAUACAGAUCUAAACCUAUUUUAUUUUAAAAUAACUAAUUUAGAGGUUUCUGUAGCCUUGUUGGAGUUAUGCUUUUUGAUUUCUUCCUUGCAGUUUCUACUUGUGUUUUUUUUCAGAAUAUUUUGGAAAUUAACAUUGUACAUUUAAACAGUGAUAAUUGUAUCUUUUGUUCAUAGAAAUGACACAUUCAUGGUUUUCUGUUUGGUUUGGCCAGUUUGAGUAUGAAGCCAGGCUCACCAUGUAACGGUUAAGAGAUGCUACGGUGCCGGCUGAACUGUUCUAGUGUUAAUGCAUCCGUUUGUAACCAUUAUAACGUUCUCCAUUGAAGUUUGACUCUACUGGCUAAGUGUCUUUUUUCUUUUUAUUAAAAACUGUAGAAUCUUACUUUGACGACACUUUAGGGGUAUUGAGACUUCACAUAGUUUUGCGCCAUUUAGUUACUGGCACCUGCUUUUUGGAGAUUAAACUGCAAACCUGUAAAAAAAAAAACUCCUACGUUGUUUUAGUCCAAUUUUCACAACGUGUUACCCCUCAAACUAUCCUUAUAAAUUAUACAGCUUGUUCUGAUGAGGAGAGCAAUACUUGGAUAGCAAAAGUUAAACUAAAAGCAUGAAAUCUCAGACCCUUGAGUCACAAAAUUAUUUAAAUGGUUUUACAUUUGUCAUCUUGAGCCAAUUUUGCAUUAUGCAUCCAGUUAGUGUUUUAUUGUUGACAAAUAUAUAAUUUAGUAUAACAAUUCAUUUGGUGACUUGUUUUGGUGCUGGUAGAGAGAAAGAUUAAUUUAAGCUGAAAUACUAAGAAUUAAAAGCAUGUAAGCACUCCUCCAGACUUAAGCCCCCAAACACCUGCAUCCCGUGCCCUGUGAGGUUUGAAUCGAUGUUCCCGUGUCUCUGCACAGACGUAAAGGAUCACUCCCGUCCGUCUGCAGUGUUGGACCAGUGUGCUGUUUUGACUGAAGUCCCAAGCACACAGCAUGUCUGUCUGCACAGAGCAGCUUCGGCCUUUUUAUGGAGCUGUCAUGCAGCUUGAGGGAACAGCUGUGGAGCCCCAUCUCACUCCCUCUGCCCUGCCAGAGACCUGAACCUCGGCAAAUGUCAUCAGUCUGUUAAUGCGCUGUUCAACUCCCUGAGCUCGAUGGCGUUGCUCCUUCUACUGGGGUUCAGUCAGUGGUCAUUUCAAAGCAACUCAAGUGUUAAGAUGCAGAAUACUUAUGGACGGAGUUCAGAUGUAUACACUCAAGCCCCGACAGCAUAACUUACAAGAUCAAAAUUAACAGAAAAACAUCUUAAAUUACGAUUCAGUUACUUGACUGAGUGAACUAUUUGGGUGCUCAAAAAAAAAAUAGAUUGCGGCAGCCAUGUUUUUCUACAUUUGAAACACCUGUUAUUUUCAAACUCAAAUAAGAAAAGAUUGUGAUAAGACAUUCACUUCAUUAUGUGCUCACGUCUUAUUCUUGUGCCUCUGCUAUUUUUCACUUUAUUUGGGUAAUUUCUAAGGUUUUUUUAAAGAAGAAAAACAAAGCUUUUGCCUAGCAUCCCUUUAUAUUUGAUGUAAAUCUCACUGAACCUCUAAUUUUUAUUUUCUUAAGCCCAUUUCUUUAUGUAGAUUCUCAAAGGUUAGUGCUUCUUGGACCCCUCUGAGUUAUUCAACAGAAUCAUCCUUUGAGCAAAAUGUUUUUUAGGGAACCGACAACUAACCAGUAUUAGUAUUGUAGGUUUCUCAACCGGUAACCAAACAACAUUGAGAUUUUUGCCUCUGAUGUUAUUAGGCCUUAAUUGCCGCUUACAUUCUCGUAACAUAGUGAACAAUUGAUUUCAGAAAGCCUUUAUUUAAAAUCCAUAAUCAAUUAAUCAUGGUUUUGUGGAAAAUCAGAUUUGUUCAUUCAAUAUCAGUUUUCCUUAACAGGUGUAGCUGCUAAGGGGACCAGUUGAAAACACACAGACUUAAACGGUCAGGUUCUGACCUCAGUCAUGAACUGCAUUAUAACAAGACGCCACUUUGCUAUUAACAUGUGUACUUUAGUACUAUAUUGUAAACCUUGUAUGCCCAUUAUGCUUUCAUCUUUAGGCUUUAAAGAUUAGUAGAUCAAAACCAAGUGAACUCAGAUUAGAUUACCUUUUUAAUUUGAUUUAUUUAUUUAAUGGCAGGACUAUACAUUUAUGUCCCGUUCAAUUUAUUAUUAGUUUAUUUUGAAUGCUGGUAAUUUUUGUUUGAUUGUGUAAAAGUGUGAUUUACAGUUCUGGUGCAUUUAAUUUGCAGUGAAAACAUUUGGCAAUAAUUGUGUGUGUGAAGAAAUCAAUUUGUUUGGUGGAUUUAGGCUUAAAUAGCCCAACAGAUAUAUUUUAUUUCUUACAAAUGAUUUGUUGUAAUAUAUAGCCUAAAAAGUUGCCCUCAUUGGACCCUUGCUAAUUUCCCUAACAUUAUAUACAGUGCUGAAAUUAAUAGUCUACAUAUCUCUAACAAAGACAACAACAGUGCUUACAAUAUAUCCUCCAUUUUCAUUUCAAAACAAUAACAAGCGUUCUGACAAAUAUUGCCAAUAAAGAAUAUACCUCCUUGGCCAAUUCGCCUGAAAUUAAAAUAUGUAGGCCGACAGAAUAAAUAAAAAGAUGCGCU